AUGUUUGAUGUUGUGUUGUUCCAGUACCAGCAAAACCUGCUUCAUAGACAACAGUAUCUCCUGACAUCAGGAGUGUCGCAAGACCACAAAGAGCAUCAAAAUGGGAGAGUAGCAGCCACACCAAAUCUUAUUCAGUUUCCUGGCGGAGCCUCUUUUCCUCCCAAUCAUUGCUAUCCUCAUACAGCCAUCUACCCCCAACAGCAUGCCGUUCAAGCAAAUGUUCCUUACCCUGUGGUGGUUCCUGGAAGACCACUUGGCAGUCGGGUUGCAACAGUUCCACAGAGGCUUCCACCUCAUAUGAUUAUGCAAACGCGUUAUACUGCUGGAGUACAGCCAGCUUCUAAUUACGUUGCUCAAGGAAUUCCUAUGCGUCCUGGCGUACAAUAUCCAAAUGUGCCAGUAAGAUAUAUGCCAUAUGAAGGUGAAAUGGAAGCGCCUGUUUACAUCCCUGCUCAAGGCCAGGUUACCAUGCCACCGGGAACUGUUAUCUACACCCGAGAUGGCUGCCCUGUAAAAGGUGAGGAAGAAGAUGUGGGUACGAAGAGGAGAAGAACCGGUAAACGUAAAAAAGAAAGUGUUGAUGACGAAUCGAAUCAACAAAAAGAUGCUGUUGAACCUACCGGACCACCUGCUCCUCUUACACAUGGAGAACUUUUGAAACAAAAGAAAAGAAACAUGGCGUUCCCGAAAGGCACAUUUUUGGUCCGCUAUGCUGAUCUGGAGAGUGAAGAGUAUGCUGGACACAUAUGGCUUGUUGACAACCAUCAGCUAUUACAAAAAUACACCUAUGACGGACUGGAUGCAUCUAACGUAAAAGUAUUUAGUCGCACCGAAAGAGUAAGUUCUAAUUGUUUUACCACUGUCUCUGCUGACAAUCUGAUUUGUUUUUAGUA